AAACAUUUUACAAAUAUGAAAACGUACAAAGCAGUAAACCUUCCCUCCAACUUAAAUUUCAGAUAAGGCUGUCUUCAAGCCUGAAGCUCUUGAUGGAGCUCCACGCCCCUCUCAUUUCCACCGUCCGAUCACCUCCCUUUCUUCUCCACCGUCGAUUUCCUCACCGCUUCGCAAUCUCCCUCUGCUCAACUCCGCGAGUCACCCUCGCCGACUCGCUCCAGAAAGAGACCUUACAAACCCUAGAAUGGCCUUCAAUUUGUCGCCAGCUCGCCGCCUUCACUUCAACUCCUAUGGGCCUACACGCCGCUCGGAACGCGAAUAUUCCGAUCGGCCGGAGCUCCGGCGAGAGCCGGAAGUUGCUUGAUCAGACGGCUGCGGCGUUGGCGAUUCCGGUGCCGUUGGAUUUUUCGGGAAUUGAGGACGUGACGGGGAUUGUUGAUGUUUCUGUGUCCGGGGAGUUGCUUUCGAUUCGAGAGAUUUGUACGGUGAGGAGGACUUUGAAGGCGGCCAGAGAGUUGUUUGAACAAUUGCAGAACAUUUCGUCGAAUCAUGAAAGGUACACCCCUGUGCUUGAAAUACUCCAAAAGUGCGACUUCCUCAUGGAAUUGGAGCAAAAGAUAAAUUUCUGCAUAGACUGUAAGUUCUCGGUCAUUCUAGAUAGAGCAAGUGAAGAACUAGAGAUCAUUAGAUCAGAAAGAAAGGGUAAUAUGGAAAAUCUAGAAUCUCUGCUGAAGCAAGUAUCAUCUCAAAUUUUUCAGGCUGGAGGUAUAGACAGGCCACUGGUAACGACACGCCGUUCCAGAAUGUGUGUGGGCGUCAGGGCUUCCCACAGAAAUUUGCUGCCGGGUGGUGUACUUCUCAACGUAAGCAGCUCUGGAGCUACAUACUUUAUGGAACCGAAAGAGGCAGUUGAGUUGAACAACAUGGAAGUCAGGCUUUCAAAUCAUGAAAAGGCUGAGGAAAAAGCUAUUUUCAGUAUGCUGACAUCACAAAUUGCAGAAUCAAAGACAGAGAUCAAGUAUUUGUUGGAUAGAAUUUUGGAAAUCGAUUUUGCUGUGGCAAGAGCUUCUCAUGCUCGGUGGUUAAGUGCAGUCCGUCCAAAUUUAGUAUCAAAGCCUUCGAAAUGUAUUGAAUCUGGUGGAGUUGACUACCUUUCAGUGAACAUUGAAGGUAUUCAACACCCUUUGCUUCUUGAGGCCUCUUUUAGAGCUUCAUCAGAUUUUGUAGAAUCCAAUUCUUCACAUUCUAGGAAUGGGACAAUGAACUCUGAACUACUUCCUGGUCCUUAUGAUUUUCCUGUGCCUAUUGACAUCAAGAUUAAAUGUGGUACAAGAGUGAUUGUAAUUUCAGGGCCAAACACUGGUGGCAAAACUGCAUCAUUAAAAACUUUAGGCCUGGCAUCUAUUAUGAUGAAAGCUGGCAUGUAUUUACCUGCUAAAAAAAAUCCAUCACUCCUGUGGUUUGAUCUUAUUCUUGCUGAUAUCGGAGAUCACCAGUCUCUGGAACAAAGUCUAUCAACAUUUAGCGGUCACCUUUCAUGGCUUUGGAAGAUUUUGGAAGUGGUUUCUGAAGAUUCACUGAUUCUUAUUGAUGAAAUCGGGAGCGGGACAGAUCCUUCAGAAGGUGUUGCUCUUUCUACCAGUAUACUGCAAUAUCUGAAGGACAGAGUCAGUUUAGCCGUAGUGACAACACACUAUGCCGAUCUGUCACUUAUGAAGGAGACUGAUUCACGGUUCGAGAAUGCAGCAAUGGAGUUUUCGUUGGAGACUCUACAACCAACAUAUCGUGUAAUUUGGGGAAGCACAGGUGAAUCUAAUGCUCUGCGCAUUGCUGAAUCAAUCGGCUUUGAUGCAGAGAUAAUUAGCUGUGCACAUGCAUGGGUACAGAGGUUGAUGCCAGAUAAGAUGCAGAAGCGGAAAGGGUUGCUUUAUCAGUCACUAAUGGAAGAGAGAAGCAGAUUGGAAGCUCAGGCAGGAAGGGCUGCAUCUCUUUAUAGAGACGUCAUGCAUCUAUACAAUGAGAUUCAAGAGGAGGCAGUAGAUCUUGCUCAACGCGAGGAACUUAUUAAGGCUACUGAGACCCAACUGAUCCGGAUAGAGAUUAGAUCUGGAAUUUCCCAAAUAGAAGAUAUAGUAAAUGAAUUUGAAAAACAGCUCAGGAAUGCUCGUACUGAUGAGUUUAACUCACUGCUUAAACAAUCAGAAUCUGCAGUUGCAUCUGUUGUUGAAGCUUACCGCAGGACUAAAGUUUUCCCUAUUGGAGGAACACCUGCCAGUUCAUAUAUGCCACAGAUAGGAGAGAAAGUUAAUGUGAAGGGAUUGGGAUAUAAGUUUGCCACCGUAGUUGAAGUAGAUGAAGAUGAUGGAACAGUCCUGGUUCAAUGUGGUAAGAUGAAGGUCCGUGUGGAUAUUAGCAGUAUAUGCCUACCCCCUCCAAGUGUUAAAGAUGCUACAAGAAAUUCUGCACCGCACAUGAAAAAGACGGGUCAGCGAAGCAGAAGCUCAAGAAAUUUUCCAAAGGACAAUAGUGAUGAGGUAGUUUCUUAUGGACCAGUGAUACAGACAUCUAAAAAUACUGUUGACUUGCGGGGAAUGCGGGUGGAUGAAGCAUCUCGCCAACUUAAGUUGGCAAUUGGUGCAACAGGGUCUAAUUCAAUUCUCUUUAUCAUACAUGGUAUGGGCACUGGGGUUAUCAAGGAGUGCACACUUGAAAUAUUGGGAAAACAUCCCCGCGUUGAAAAGUUUGAACAGGAGAGUCCGAUGAAUUAUGGUUGUACUGUUGCUCACAUAAAAUGACUGUUUAAUAUAUUGUAUGAUAGUAUACAAACUUUGUAUUUAAACAUGUACAAAGUUUUGUUUUGUCUCAUUUAUCCAGCUGAUAGUUGAGUACCAAGACUAUGAUGGCUGUAGUGCUAAAUUAAUAGCAAAUUCACUGUUGAAUCUGGGCA